AAUUUUUUAGUUUGUUUUCUACUGUGAUCCGUCUCACAUCUCCCAUAAUGAUAUUUCGUGUGGUAUUUAUUUGUUUAUUGGCGGUACUUAUUAAUGCUGUCAACUCAGCACCGCCUGAGGAAGCUAAACCAUUAAACUGCCCAGCGGGCGAGUAUUAUGAAAAGUGCAAGAUUGCUGUUUGCUAUAGAACUUGCACGGAUGUCCAGAAACCACCUCCAUGCCCGUCCAUAGCUCCUGGAUGCUUCAUACCUGAGUGUCUUUGCAACGAAGAUACAUACCGGAACAAGGAAGGGAAAUGUGUCACUUAUGACGAAUGCCUUAAAAUGGAGCACUGACUGGCAAGAUCGAAGUAAUUACUUAAAUAAUAAAUCGAUUUAUACAA